AUGCAAUCUUUCGUCUUUGUCCUUGCUCUACUCGCCUCUGCGGCCAUGGGAAUGCCUUCUGAGCUCAAUAAGCGAGUCAACUGCUGUCUCUACUACCCUGGUGCCAAGUCCAACUGCCAGGCUGACUGCAUUGAUCCGUCAUUCUGCAAGGCAUAUGGCAUUCCCCAGACGGGAUAUUGGUGUGACUGCGGUCCAGCUGCGAACUGCAAUUCUUAA